AUUUGCUCCUUUUUUUCCUCUGUGUUUUCAGUUUCUGUCUUUCUGGAAACCUGUCGGACUAUGCAACAGAAUUGUAUACAGGUUCUGUUUUUUCUUUUUCUUCCAAAACUAUACUACACUCAGUGAUGAUACUGAUAUCUCCUCCCCAGCUCAAUGCUACAGCAAACAAAAUCAUUCAUCUUCUUCAAAACCGCAUUUCUCAGACCCAAAUUCACCAAAUCAAGACCCAACUCAUCCUCCUCAAUCUCCACUCCAACUCAACUAUUGCUCACCAUUUCAUCACCGCCUGCCAAACCCCAUCUCUUCUACACUCAACUCUCCCGCUUUUCCUCACCCACCUCUCUAACCCCCACGUUUUCACUUGCAACACUCUUUUAAAAGCCUUCUCUCACUCACAAAUCGCCAAUAUCCCAUACUCAAUAUACUCCCACAUGCACCAUAACUCUAUUUCUCCCAAUAACUACACGUUUCCUUUAGUUUUCAAGUCAUUGUCCGACUUUAAGGAUUUUAAACAAGGACAAUGUGUGCAAACCCAUGUCAUAAAGAUGGGUUAUUCGUGUGAUAUUUAUGUUUUGAAUUCGUUGUUGGAUUUAUAUGCUUCUUGUGGUUUUAUGGAUGAGUGUCGUAAAGUGUUCGAUGAAAUGCCUCUGAGAGAUGUUGUUUCGUGGACUAUUUUGAUUGUAGGAUAUAGGAAUGAUGAACAUUAUGGUGAUGCAUUGAUUGCUUUUGAGCAGAUGCAGUAUGCUGGUGUGUUGCCUAAUCGUGUUACUAUGGUGAAUGUGUUGGGUGCUUGUGCGAGUUUUGGGGCGAUUGAGAUGGGGUGUUGGAUUCAUGAUUUUGUAAGGAGGAACGGUUGGGAGGUGGAUGUGAUUUUGGGGACGUCUUUGAUUGAUAUGUAUGCGAAAUGCGGGAGAAUUGAUGAGGGUUUGAAUGUGUUUAGGAGCAUGAAAGAGAAUAACAUUUUUACGUGGAAUGCGGUUAUUAGAGGGUUAGCUUUCGCUAGAUGUGGGAAGGAGGCUGUUAGGUGGUUUAAUUAUAUGGAGCAAGAAGGGGUAAAGCCGGAUGAAGUUACUUUAGUAAAUGUACUUAGUGCCUGCAGCCACUCUGGAUUGAUUGAUAUCGGUAAGCAGAUUUUUGAUUUGCUGAUUAUCGGGAAGUAUGGAUGUUUACCUAAUGCAAAGCAUUAUGCGUGUAUGAUUGAUCUCUAUGCACGUUUAGGAUACGUUGACGAGGCUUUCAAAUUCAUCAGAGAUAUGCCUUUUGAGCCUACAAAGGCUAUGUGGGGUUCGUUGCUUGCUUGUUGUAAGACUAAUAAAAACUUGGAGUUAAGUGAAUAUGCAGCUAGGAAACUUGUCGAAUUGGAACCAGAUAAUAGUGCUUAUUAUGUUGUUUUGUCAAACUUGUAUUCAGAGAUAGGAAGGUGGACUGAUGCUGCAAAAGUAAGGGAAUUCAUGAGGGAUAAAGGGCUUAAGAAGGAUAUGGGCAGUAGUUCUGCACAAUCUUUGAUGCAGAAAUAUGAUAAGAAAUUAUUAGUACUCUAACCUUUUGUUCGGUUUUGAUAUGUACUGCUCGCCAAGAUCCUUUCAAGUAUUGGAUAUUGAUGGCUCCAGGAAUUAUACAGCUAUUGGAAUCCAUUACUCCUAUAUCUUGUGGUCGGUUCUUCUGAUCGCAGAAGAACAUUGCAUCGAGGAUUUGAUUUCAUUAUCUCACACUGCAAUAUUGGCCCUACAAUUGCUUUGAAUAAUCUGAUGAUGUGUGCCUCAAAAUAAUAUCCUAUUUGGACAUUCUACCUUAUAUCAGCAGCACACUCGGAUUUAUCAAAGGUGAAGUCUUUUCCAUGAGUUCCUCUUCGACUUUUAAAUUCCUUGAUUCGUCACUUUAUUUAGCUUGUUGCAAAUAUAUUUGAUGCUUAGUUAUGUGUACCAAUUUCUUUAAUUAAAAAUCAGAUUUAGAGUCGACUACAAGUUGUCCUAGGAAUCAGAAUUUCUUAAUGGUAUGAGUAGUGGGUUCUAUUAUUGACUCUGACUUUUAUCAUAUUGACAGAAAUAGAGCAUUAUUUUGGUAGAAGCAUACAUUUUGAAUCCAUUUCAUCUUUUGCAGACACUUUCUUUUUCUAUCAACCAACUGGAUACAAAGGUGUCACAAACACAAACUAGUACAUAAUUUAUUUGAAAAGAGAGAUACCAAUACAAUCAAUCUUCGCAGAGAAAAUUGAUGAUCAAAACACAUCAGAAGAUAUAAAAAGGAACAAGACUCGACAUUUGUUUAUUUGGAGCAGAAAUGACCAUACUCUCACUUCUUUUGCAGAGCAACAACCUUAGCCCAAGCUGGUCGUGCAGUGAUAUCAGCUGCCCAUGCGCUAACAUGGGGGCGUGCGUCGAUCAAUUUCUUGCAUUGUGUCCCCAAUAGCAACUGCAAAUUAGGCAAAUGGUGCAGAUCUACUAAGGUGAAGCAGCCACAUGCCAAAUACUUGGAUUGAGCCAACCGUGACUCGUAGACAUCAAGAACCUGAGCUAGCUUAGUUUCAUUUGCUUCUACUGCUGCUGGAUCCGUGGUCAUCCCGAAAAGUGGCUUGUAAAUGAUUUCCCAGUUAAGAGUUGAAGCUGGUUGCUCAAAUUUGUGAGCCUCUACCUCCUUCCACACCAACACUGCCGCCUUGACGCUGGGGCAUAAAAGCUCCGUUCCUUUGCUGGUGUUUUCCUCAGCGAGGUAUUGGGUUAUCGCCCUCGAUUC